AUGGCAGCAAGAUCAAAUAUUCAGUCCACCAAGAAGAUGAACUCGGGAUAUGAGAUCCCAGUCGUCGGAUUUGGUGUAAGUGGCCAACUUCCGUCUCGCACUGUGUGGUUACUAACAACAUUGAAUAGGUGUACCAAACCAAAAGCCUAUCACAACGAAGCUGAAUGCGGCGAAGCUAUCCGAAAAUCGGGACUUAAGCGCUCAGAGGUAUUCUUUACGACUAAAGUCCCAUGGAGAUCGCUCGGUUAUGAACCUACUAGAGAAGCGAUUGAAUCCAGCCUAAAGGAGGCUAAGGUGGACUACUUUGAUCUGGCUCUUCUUCACGCACCCUAUGGUGGUAAAGAGAAGCGUGAAGGUUCUUGGAAGGCUUUGGUAGAGGCUCAAAAGGAAGGGAAAGUCCGCUCUAUUGGAGUUUCCAAUUAUGGAGUCCACCAUCUGGAUGAGCUGGAGGAGUACAACAAAGCCAUUGGGGGUAAAAUUGAUGUGGGCCAGUAUGAGUUGCAUCCGUGGCUCACUCGUUCUGAUAUUGUUGAAUGGCUUCAGAAGCGCAACAUUGUCAUCGAAGCGUACAGUCCACUCGUACAGGCAAAGAAGAUGGAUGAUCCAAAACUCCAGGAAAUUGCAAAGAAACAUAACAAAAGUCCUGCUCAGGUUCUAGUUAGAUGGAGUUUACAAAAAGGUUUUGUUCCUCUGCCGAAGUCAGCAACGGAGAAGCGCAUUCUGGAAAACUCCGAUAUCUUCGACUUUGAGCUAUCUCAAGAUGACAUGAGAGCUCUCCAUACCGAUGAAUACCAUCAUGUCUGCUGGGACCCAACCACCCACAAGGAUGGUGACAAUAUCCCAUAA